AUGGCCUCUGGAUCUGUACAACUAAAACUUGAGAUCGAUUAUGAAUAUCGCAAAGGAUCCAGAAUCCUGGAUCCUAGAUCCUUUUCGCUAGUCAGUGUCGCUGGCCACGUUGUUGCAUAUACGCAAAGCGUAAGAUUCAACACCAGUCUUGCUGGAGCUAAGGCAAAAGAAGCUUCUGAAAACAAACUAGAGGAGUCAAACACUUCUCGUUCUUUAUUCAGCCAGAUAUACCCUAUAGAUAGAGAAAGCAUAAGUGAAGAAGAUCUAGAUAAAUGGGUAGAUGCAGUUAAACAAUUGAGGCAAGGGAAAAAGGUGCAUGAAACAUCAGAAGAAGUUUACUUGGGCCAACUUGUUCAACCAGAGCCGUAUGUCACUAAAGUAUUUGAACCUACAUUGGAACAGAUUGAAGAAACUUAUGCAUAUGCUGAUAAAAGAAUUCCUCUCAAACAGGAUCCUACUGUGCAGAAUCUUGUUAAUUUGAUUAUGAGGCAUGGUAAAAAAACCGUAGCUCAAAAGAAUGUAAGCCGCGCAUUCUAUAUAGUCCAGUUAAAAUUGAGAAAAGACCCAAUACAAGUUUUGAAAGAGACUUUGGACAAAUUAGGUCCAUUGGUUAAAACAAAAACUGUUUCUACAGGUGUUGCCAAGAGAAAAAUCGUGCCAGUGCCAUUAAAUGAAAGACAAAGAAACAGAUAUGCUAUUAACUGGAUUUUAGAAGCUUCAAAGAAUAGAAAAUCAAACGAUUUUGCAGUGAGAUUAGCUGAAGAAUUGAUCAACGCUUAUGAAGGAAAGUCAACGGGAUAUGAGAAAAAGGCUCAAAUGCAUAAACUCGCUACUCAACAAAGAGCUUAUAUCAGCUUAUAA